AUGGCACAGCGGAGGGACUUGAUUUAUCCGCACUUUGCCCUCAUCUACAUUGACCGAGAUGGUAAUUUGCGACAAGAAUCAUCACAGUCACUGGCAAAUAGCCGGGAUUCAAUUUUGUCUCCGCGUGUGACUGAUAUGUUCCUGAGAGCUGUAGCAAUGUCAGGAGAAACAGAGUCGCCCCAUACUCAGUGGUCUGGAUUGCCGAGCUUGCUGCCACAAAGACUGAGCAAUGAAGCCCCUCUUCCAGCACGGAUGGGGCAUGAGCUUCAUGGAAUAAACACUCAAGGCACAGAAGACAACGAGAGGACGAUAUCCUUCCCCCAGGGGUCCUUGGAGCCAGCGACAUGGCUAACACCUCGGGAGUCAUGGCCUCAAACCUCUCCAAAAGCAAAAGAGCCGCUGAAAGAAGAACAGAAAGUGUUGAUUUCCACCCGAGACAAAGAUAUUCUGCGUCAAUAUUAUGAGAAAGCAUUCAAGAACUUACAGCAGACGAACUGCCGCGUGUUGGCCAAGGCCUACAUCAAGCUCGUGGAGCCUCGCAAGCAAGUCAACUACCCCUACAAUGGACGAAAGAUUGUUGCGGGCACGACAUGUCAGUUAGAGCCGGAUGAUACAAAGCCCCCAUGGUGGCCGUCUGGAGUGAGCCACCGAGAGCCCGACCAUCUUCCUAGAGCUGAGCGUAUCCGACUUCUAGUUCAUCUUCUUUGCGAAAUGCACAACAGUCAUGGAAUCACUGUCCAAAAACUCAAGGAAGCAUACCAGCCCAUCCGUCGUCAGAUCUCUCCAGCUGAGCGGCAGAAAAUAAUGGAUGAGGUUUAUGAGGUUCGCGAGGAAGAAGAAAAGUACCUCGAGGGAUUGGUUGAUGGCAGAACCCACGUAUUGAUCUCGCGAACGAACCUUCCCAAUUCGAUCGAGGACCAUAAUAGUCACCCUGAAAGCAGCCGAAAGAGCAAAACUGCAAAAGUCGAGAAAGAUGCAGAGAAAAAACUAUCCAUACGCACCGCAUCUGCUCGAGUAGGAAAUACGUCUUUCAUCAAUCCCGGCAACCCACCUACAAAUCCUCACGCUAUCCCUAGAACAACUCACGUCAAACAAGACCCUGUAAUAUUGGAACCGCAUGAGCAGGCAUCUAUACUCGGUCAAGAUCAGAGUAGAAAACGCCAGUGUGUCGAAACUGAACUCUUCCCCACAGCUAGUCCGCCUUCGACGGAGUUUUAUCCAGUCUUUGUUGGCUCUCAGUCAUUCGUCACUGAUUCCUUACACUGUUUUCAAGAUACUCAAAAGCAUGAGAUGUCAAAUAUACAGACUAGUACAGCAAGUUGUGGGAAUGCUGGGGAUUCCUCCUUAUUUCCACAUCAUUUUGGCGUUUGA